CAUAACUGAUAUUAUAAAUUUACAUUCCCGAAGACACAAAGCCUUGUAUUCAUCGAGCGGACGGCAAUUGAUCUCUGUUCUUUUAAAGAAGCCAGAUUCCAAACAGCCUUACCAUUAAUCUCCUAAUGGCUUGGAUUUUGCUCGCUGUUGCUCUGGCUGGUCUUGCUCUUCUGAUCUUAAAACCAUGGCUGUUCAGAAGUCAGAACAAAUUGCCUCCUGGUCCUAGAGGAUUUCCAGUUUUUGGUAGCCUUCAUUUGCUGGGGAAGCUCCCUCAUAGAGAUCUUCGUGAUUUGUCUCAAAAAUAUGGAUCCAUUAUGUACAUGAGACUAGGCAUUGUACCCACCAUCAUUGUCACUUCUCCUCAAGCUGCGGAGCUCUUCCUCAAAACCCAUGACCUUGUUUUUGCGAGCCGCCCAUUUUUUGAGGCCUCCAAGUACAUGUCUUAUGGUCAAAAGAACUUGGGGUUCGCUCAAUAUGGCUCUUAUUGGCGUAAUAUGCGCAAAAUGUGCACGCUUGAAUUGCUUAGCCAUCACAAAGUCAAUUCUUUCAGAUCAAUGAGAAGGGAGGAGGUCGGGUUGUUGGUCCAUUAUCUUCGAGAUGCUGCCAAAGAUCAUGUUGUCAUAAAUCUUAGUUCUAAAAUUGCUUCUCUGAACACAGAUAUGACUUGUUUGAUGGUGUUUGGAAAGAAAUAUGCAGACGCAGAGUUCGAUGAGAGGGGUUUCAAGUCUGUGAUACAAGAGGCCAUGCAGUUGGUGGCUACUCCUAACUUGGGAGAUUUUAUUCCUUGUAUUGCAGCGCUUGAUCUUCAAGGGUUGAACCGUCGUUCAAAAGCUAUUAGUAAGAUAUUUGAUGGGUUCUUUGAGAAGAUUAUUGAUGAACAUCUUGAAUCCAAGAAUGAAAACAAAACCAAAGAUUUUGUGGAUGUCAUGUUGGACAUCAUGGGCUCCCAAGAAACCGAGUACCAAAUUGAUCGGUCUAGCAUCAAAGCCAUAAUUCUUGAUAUGCUUGUUGCAGCAAUGGACACUUCAGCCACCACUGUCGGAUGGGCGAUAGCUGAGCUCAUAAAGCAUCCACAGGUCAUGAAAAAACUGCAAGAGGAAUUACAAAAAGUGGUGGGUUUGGAUAGGAGGGUGGAAGAAUCAGAUUUGGAUCACUUGGAAUACUUGGACAUGUUCGUUAAGGAAAUUCUCAGGGUACAUCCAGCAGCUCCGUUAUUAGUUCCACACGAGUCUCUUGAAGACUGUACUGUUAAUGGCUACCAUAUUCCUAAAAAAUCACGCAUAAUAGUGAAUGCAUGGGCAAUUGGACAAGAUCCUAACUCCUGGGUUGACCCAGAAAAAUUCUUUCCCGAAAGGUUUAUUGGUAGUCAGGUGGAUGUGAAAGGAAGAGAUUUCCAAUUGAUUCCCUUUGGAUCUGGUCGAAGAGGUUGCCCUGGAAUGCAUAUGGGUCUAGUCGUGGUUCAUUUCGUGAUAGCUCAACUUGUGCAUUGCUUUGAUUGGAAGCUUCCGAAUGGUAUGUUACCAGCUGAAUUGGAUAUGACAGAAGAAUUUGGUUUAACUUGUCCCAGAGCUCAAGAUCUUAUGGUUACUCCUAUUUAUCGUCUUCAAAACUAACAAGUUGAGUGUUGCAAAUAACUUAGUCAAAUAACUACUAUAGAAUGUUAUCAACUUUUGUACUAUCAAUAGUUCUAAUAUUCCUAAUAAAAUGCAAAUAAUGAUGAACCAUUUAAAUCUAACUUAAAAGAGCUAUAGUAUGUUGUUGGCUUUUUAUGUGUGGACUCUAGUUGAAAGGUGUGUUUGGUUGGCAAGAUUUAUAAACCAUUAAAAUCUCUCCUUGUUUAGAGUCUUUUAAA